CCCUACUUCUCCUUCCCACCCCUCACCGGCUGUCUCGCCAUGUUCCGGCGGAAAAAGAAGCGGAGGCCGGAGAUCUCGGCGCCACAGGACUUUGAGCAUCGGGUCCACACGUCAUUCGAUGCGGUGCAGGGGUGCUUCGUGGGCCUGCCGCCCCAGUGGCAGAGCGUCAUCGACAUCCUGAGGAGACCCAAACCGGUGGUGGACCCAUCCCGGAUCACCAAUGUGGAGCUUAGGCCCAAGAAGGUACAGUAAGGGAGCCUCAUGCCCUAUCACUAUCAUUAUCAUUAUUAUUAUUAUUAUUAUUGACAAAUUAACUCUAAAGGCAGUGUUAUUUUUUCAACACUCGAAAGUGUUAAUUUAACACUGGAUCAGAUGAGCUAAUAUUUGCACUGAAAGUGUUAUUUUAACACUGGAUCAGAGGAGCUAAUAUGGGCACUCAAGUGUUAUUUUAACACUGGAUCAGAGGAGCUAAUAUGGGCACUGAAAGUGUUAAUUUAACACCUUCAGAGUUAAAUGUACACAAGUGGAUUUGCUGUGGUCAACUACUGUGCAUUGGAUGUUCAGUUUCACCUGUCCCAAUUCAAGUAAAUAACAAUGAUGAUAUCUGCAUGCUUCUGUGUAUUCAGUGUUUCACGCACACCCUUUAUUAUACAGGACUAAGGUAAAUAUCUGUGUAUCUUUAUACAUACUGUAUAUGAAAACCAUUGGUGAGAAUACACACCUGUUUUAGCACUUACGUUUCUGAGUUACUUGGAGUGACACCAGGACAUGCAUGUGAAAGACUGAAUGACAGAGACAUAGUUCAGAGGAAGUGUUUGGUAAAGCUCUUAAAGAGCCUGCUUUUUGUGAUACUCUUUCGAGGCACAUUCUCUCUGUCAGUGUGUUGAUGUUUUAGUACAUAUUGAAUCAUGUCACAAGAAGAGAAAGCUUAGCUUAGUUUACACCUUGCAUGACAAAACUGACGUGUCAUCCAUGGUGCGUUGACGUGCCAUGGGGGGGGGCUUGCAAAAAAAAAAAAAAAAAAAAAAACUUUAACGGCACUUUUUGAUUGAUACGUUUGUCCUUAUGUUUAAAAAGUAACCUCACACCUAAAACGUCCCUCAAGAAAAUAAUACAAUUGUUAUGGGUAUGUUCAAAGUGUGAAAGUUGAUCUGUUCAUUAUCUUCAACCAUUGCGAACAGGUUGGUAAACUAGAAUGGUUUGUACACAAACAUGCUUUAGGUUUUGAACAGGUUGAGUAUAGCAAGAAUGAAGUGAAAUUGAGUUAAUAGAUAGUCGGCUAGGACACGUACCAAUACUUGCAGCAUGUAAAAGAAUCAAGGAGCCCUUUUACUCAACAACCCACAAACUGAUACCAUUUUUGGUGUCGGUCCUACAUUUAACAUAACUCACCAACAAACAUAAUCUUGCAAAAGUUACUCUGUUACUCUCAACUAAGUGAAAAUUGUUUGCCAAUAACUAACCAAUAUACUGUCAAAAUUCAAGAACUCGAUUCAUUGUAAUACUACACAUAGAUGUUUAAAUUAAAAUGUUUUACUUUUUUAAACUAUCAUGACCACACAUAUCAUUGACUAGUAUCUCUCAGUUUAGGUCUACCGUACCAGUCUUUGUUCUUGCCUUCUAUUUGCACUCAUUUGUUUAUGGAAGCAUUCCCAGCAAUCUCAAGGCACUUUUAUCGAGAUUCGUGUUGGGUGCAACUGUUUAUACAAAGGGCACUGUUUUCACGCACCAUUUAGACCUGACCUGGUUUCAAGGUACACAAUGGGAGCAAUGAAAAUAGUUCCCAAGAAACAGUGUCACACUCUUAGACUUUUGGCUGCCUAUAUAUUGUUAAUUUAUAUACACUGCAUUAAAAAUCCAUUUCAGACUGGAUUUCUUUCUUUUAAAUAUAUUCUUAGGGUAUUUUGACACUUUUUAUUUAUAGAGGGAGUAAAUCAGAAGUGAUACAGGCAGGUGGGGGAAACAGAUUGAAGGGUUGGAGUGGGAAUUGAUCCCCAGUCUCCAGUGGGGAGAGGAUUAUACACGUGAUACAUGAGAUAAUGGUGAUACUCUUGAAGUUCAUUUCGUACUAAACUGUCACACAGAAUUUUUUUACACGAGCAGUGUUCAGUCAUGCCUAGUAAUUAGUAAUUCAUUAGCUGAGAGGCUGUCAAGAACAUGCUCCUGACCCUGAUAGCUAACCCAUCAUCAUCAUCAUCAUCAUCAUCUCUCUCUCUCUCUCUCUCUCUCUCUCUCUCUCUCUCUCUCUCUCUCUCUCUCUCUCACACACACACUCUCACUCUCACACACUCUCACUCUCACUCUCUCUCGGUUUCUUUCUCUCUCUCACUCUCUCUCUCUCUCUCUCUCUUAUUCUAGAUUUUUCUCUCUUACUUUCUCACUCUCUCUGCUGUUCAUUAGAAAGAUAAUUUGUUGAGGGCUCCUGUCAUUGACUAAGGGGGACUGUACGUUAUUUAUAAAGAGGGAUACCUGAAGAACAAUGGGCCUCUCUGAAAAAAAAAUGGAUGGCCCUCCCUUCAGUAAAAUAUAUUUUGACCCAACCCUCCCUGAACGCAAAAAAAAAAAAAGUGAAUCUCCCUUAUACCCAAAAUAAUAAUACAAUUGUUACAUGGCAAAGUAGCCAGAAGGUUGUGGAUUCGCUGACAACCACAGACAAGGGUAGGGGUGAAAAGAUCCCUAUUAUAAUAAAAGCUCUGCAUGAAUCUAUCAUCUUAUUUACCGGUCCGAGAAAAAAUAGCCUUUUGUAAACGCAUUUCAUGCAAUUCUACAUCAUUUUACACGACUGGAGACGAGCAGAAUCACCACAACAGAGCAUGACAACGAAUGAGUACAUGCUGCAGCACCGGAGAGGUUAUGAUAUUGAUACAGGCUGUUGUUUAAAAAGAGGAUAGUCUAAGCUUGGAACAGUGCUAAAGUCGUCCAUCAACUGUAAAUAUUGAGCGCAACAGAACCAGUUACAACUGAAGUAUCUGAUCAUCAAUGAAUUUGUUUUUUAACACAGCAGCUGCAUAUCAUCAGGUAGGCCUAAAUGCACAUGCAACUUUUUUUUUUCAUUUUGGGAAACUAUAAUUCUCUAAUUUAUUCCAUUAAAAAAAAAAAAAAGGGCAUGGGAAUAUAAAAGCAUCCGCUAGGCUAAAUUAACAAACUAGGCAUGCAUUUCUCACCGCAUGAUCCUCAAACCAAAGACUGGCCAAACUGGUGUUUCUAACAGUGAAUUUAAAGACACUGUAGAAUGACUGUAUAGCCUAAUGAGACUGUUUUUUGUUUCAUUAUUAUUUAAUACUAAGUAAUUAUUUGUUUUACAUUUCAUUUUAUACAGCCUAAAUGUGAAAUGUAUAGGCAUGUUGUUGAAGUGCUGUUGUGGAUGUGUUUUUAAAAUGCUGAGCGCUCCUGCCAGCCUGUAGUGUGUCACAAAUGCAUCACAAUUCAUUUCUUAAAUGGCAGGCUAUAGCCUUGAAAUAAUAAUAAUAUAGCAGAAAUAAUUCAUUUCCGUUCCUUCUGGCUUGCUCCUGACUGAUUUAGAGUUAGUAUGUUGUUUAAUAGCCUGUUGAAAUGUUGAACGUCAAUUGAUAGUGACACAAUCACACAUUACUUCCCAAGCAAAUUACAUACAGUGCCUUGCAAAAGUAUUCAUCCCCCUUGGCGUUUUUUCUAUUUUGUUGCAUUACAACCUGUAAUUUCAAAUGGAUUUUUGUUUGGAUUUCAUCUAAUGGACAUAGACAAAAUAGUCCAAAUUGGUGAAGUGAAAUGAAAAAAAUAACUUGUUUCAAAAAAUUAUAAAAAAUAAAUAACGGAAAAGUGGUGCGUGCAUAUGUAUUCACCCCCUUUGCUAUGAAGCCCCUAAAUAAGAUUUAGUUAUAUGAAGUCCACUUGUGUGUAAUCUAAGUGUCACAUGAUCUGUCACAUGAUCUCAGUAUAUAUACACCUGUUCUGAAAGGCCCCACAGUCUGCAACACCACUAAGCAUGGGGCACCAACAAGCAAGCGGCACCAGGAAGACCAGGGAGCUCUCCAAACAGGUCAGGGACAAAGUUGUGGAAAAGUACAGAUCAGGGUUGGGUUAUAAAAAAAUAUCUGAAACUUUGAACAUCCCACAGAGCACAAUUAAAUCCAUUAUUAAAAAAUGGAAAGAAUAUGGCACCACAACAAACCUGCCAAGAGAGGGCCGUCCACCAAAACUCACGGAGGGCAUUAAUCAGAGAGGCAACAAAGAGAGCAAAGAUAACCCUGAAGGAGCUGCAAAGCUCCACAGCGGAGAUUGGAGUAUCUGUCCAUAGGACCACUUUAAGCCACUCCACAGAGCUGGGCUUUACGGAAGAGUGGCCAGAAAAAAAGCCAUUGCUUAAAGAAAAAAAUAAGCAAACACGUUUGGUGUUCGCCAAAAGGCAUGUGGGAGACUCCCCAAACAUAUGGAAGAAGGUACUCUGGUGAGACUAAAAUUGAGCUUUUUGGGCAUCAAGGAAAACGCUAUGUCUGGUGCAAAACCAACACCUCUCAUCACCCCGAGAACACCAUGUUUUUCAUCGCAGGGACUGGGAAACUGGUCAGAAUUGAAUGAAUGAUGGCUGGCGCUAAAUACAGGGACAUUCUUGAGGGAAACCUGUUUCAGUCUUCCAGAGAUUUGAGACUGGGACGGAGGUUCACCUUCCAGCAGGACAAUGACCCUAAGCAUACUGCUAAAGCAACAAUCCAAUUGAGAAUCUGUGGUAUGACUUAAAGAUUAAUGUACACCAGCGGAUCCCAUCCAACUUGAAGGAGCUGGAGCAGUUUUGCCAUGAAGAAUGGGAAAAAAUCCCAGUGGCAAGAUGUGCCAAGCUUAUAGAGACAUAUCCCAAGAGACUUGCAGCUGUAAUUGCUGGGGGGGUGAAUAGUUAUGCACGCUCAAUAUUUCAGUUUUUUUGUCUUAUUUCUUGUUUGUUUCACAACAAAAAAUAUUUUGCAUCUUCAAAGUGGUAGGCAUGUUGUGUAAAUCAAAUGAUACAACCCCCCCCCCCCCCCCCAAAUUCCAUUUAAAUUCCAGGUUGUAAGGCAACAGAAUAGGAAAAAUGCCAAGGGGGUGAAUACUUCCGCAAGCCACUGUAUUUGGUCUCCUCGACUAUAGAAGGCUGUAGUGCAGCCUCUGAAUGUCAUAGAGUCAAACCAAAGAUAUCCCAUAUGCAUCGGAGCCACGUCUUUCCCCAACAUUUUACAGCUUGUUUCUAGCAUAAAGCAUUGCGGACUAAAGCGUCAUUAUUAUUUUUGGGGGGACAGUCUUAAGCUAACAAGGGGUAGGCCUAUGCUUUCGGCCAUUUCCUUUAACAAAAACUACAAUUCCCUCACAUACCCCCUCAAUUCGAGCCCUGGUUUUAACUUAACACACCAAGCCCUGCACUGACACUGAGAUAUGCAUGGUGACUGACAAAAUCUAUGGAUAGUAGACUAUAACUUUCUGUCAAACAGGUAGGCCUACCUCUUAUUUCUUGAAUAGGAAGAAAUAGGCUCUGACACAAAGCCCUCUUCUUGUUAGUAGCCUAAAGUCAAAUUGAAAUGAAAACUGUUUAAAUGAAUUAGGCCUUCUUGAAUUAGCCUACUUUCAGCACCCAUGCACUGUCCAUCUCCGUGGUUGCCGCUUCAUAGUAAUGUAAGUUAUGUAAAUUACUCGAAUAUGGCUUAUUGUGAGGUCAAUAACUCCGAUAAAUAGCUUCAUUAUGGGCAAUGAAACAUUACAUUUACAUUUACAUUUUAGUCAUUUAGCAGACAUAUAUAUUGUUUUUAUUUAAAUCAAUUCUAGCAGUAGAAAACUUACCUCCGGUCCUCCUUCUCAUCUUCACGCUCUACCUCUCAAACUGAACCGGACACGAGUAGGCCUAGUCCGUGCGCACAGAUAUUGCAAUUUUUGGACAAAUAAAACAACAAUUUUUGGAAGAAGCCCUUCACUUGCCUCCUGAAGUGGCACCGUACACAGCGGAGCCACUGGUUAGGCAGCACAAAGGGUUUUUGUUGCAAGAGCAGAGCAGGCAAGGGCUCAUGAUUGGGAAAGUCUAUCCAUUGCAGUGUGUAAUGUGUUAUAUUCACCAUCCCAGCGGCGCAAAAAAACUUGUUGAGGAAGUACAUUUUCUUAGAAAUAUAACUUUGCCCUCUGCUUCUCAGAGCAUGCUCUUCGUAUAGCCUAGGCCUAUAGUAUAGGCUAUGGAUAAUUUGAUUGAGACCACACUAGGCGUACUUGAUAUUGCAUGCCCAGCAGAGAAUCAGGGAUGAGGGGCAGCAUCAGGCACACAUCGAGAUAUAAUAAGCAACUAAUUAUCAAACACUGAGUAAUAUGACAUUUAAUCAAUUACAAAUUACAUGACCCUCCCCUGGACAAAAUAAAAUAAAAUACUAAAGCCUCCCCCUGACUGAAAUUGAAAAAGCAUUACCCUCCCCCAUUUUCCUCCGGGUGACAAUUGUGUAAAUUUCGACCUCACCCUAUGUGGUCUGUCUUUGCACUUGGCAUUUUGAUGACUGGGGUCUGAGAGUUGAACUAUGACCUCUGAGCGAGACCAGUGGUGAGAACACUGUAUGUAGGAGAGGUUGAAAUAUCCCUGACCUGAGGCAAGUCUGUUGUUCAAGGGCACAGAGAGAGAUAGGAAGGGAUAAAAAGCAGUAUAGAUCUCUUUUUUUACACAGCACUUCUAAAGAGAUUAUUAACAAUGAAUAUCAUGUGUAAUUACUCUUAUCAGCCAGCCCAUGAAAUAGGACCCUGGUUGUGCCUAUCUUGUUCCAGAACCAAUAUUGACUGUUUAUGUUCAUGUCCAUUUCUCCCUUUCAGACCAUUUGUAGGGGGAGUUUCAUCGGACACGGAGACUACAUCUCCCACGUCAUCUCUGAGAUGACUCGUCUUCCCGUCACCAGUUCCAACUCGCUCCGGAAGAGCAGUCCGUCGGCGCGGCAACGGGCCCGCUCCAUGGGGCUUCUGGGUGAGCUCGUCGAAGGCGACACGUAUCAGUAUGAGGAGCUGGGCCAAGAGAAGCGUCAUAACGGCGGUAACAGCUACUGGCAGGUACAAAGUGAGAGCGGUAGCCCCAAACUGGCCCCUAAGAAAACCUCCACCCUCCAGCCCAAUGGGGUACUGCCUCGGGCAAAGUCGACGCAUGAGAUGAGCAUGACGGCUGGGGAUAAACCUGCACCUCUGCCGAAGAGGCCAGUCCCCACGCCCCCUAGAGGAGGAGGCACGGGUCAUUAUGCACGUAGCGAAGGGGCCGGACUUAUAAAUAGGCCGGAACAGCAGAUGGGCAUGCCGCAAAAGGGCAAAGUAGUCAAUCAGAGGCCGGCGUCCUGCUAUAACCUGCAGACCCUGCAGACGCAGCAGCAGGUCAACAUGAGGGUCAAGCCUGGGGUCAGUCACCUGCCGGACCUUCUGACCUCCUCCAAGGAUACUUCUCCUCAGAGACCCCACUCGUCCUGUGACCUGAAGGUAAGCCUCUUCCGUUUCCGUUUAGCAUUGAUAUGUUGAAGCAGUGUCUUGUAGGAAGGAAACCUUGUGGUCACCUCAAGACUGGAGCUGCCUACACCUGCCAUUGCAGAUCACCUGAAUUUGUAGUUUGUUGAAGGCCUAUGCUAAAAUAUAUUUCCUGUCAUAUUCCAGAUGAAUUCAUUACCCAAUGGCACCAGCAGCCUGAUCGCAGGCAGAGGGCGAACCCACAGACCCUUACGUUCCUCCUCCACCUACACCAUUGGAUUGUUUUCACCCAUAGUUCAGGGGGCUACCAUGCCCCUACUCCCCAAACAGAACAGCCCAUCCCAGCCCCAGCCUUCUCCCACGGGCUCCCCGGCCACCAACUCAACAGGAACCAAGCAGCAACAGCCCAAACCCAAGCUUGGGCCAGAGCCCGAGCCGGCCAAAGUGACCCACGAGCAGUUCAAGGCGGCCCUGCAGAUGGUGGUGGACAAGGGCGACCCGCGCACCUUCCUGGAGAACUUUGUGAAGAUCGGGGAGGGCUCCACGGGGGUGGUGUGCAUCGCCCGCGAGAGGCAUAGCGGUCGGCAGGUGGCGGUGAAGAUGAUGGAUGUCCGGAAGCAGCAGCGCAGAGAGCUGCUCUUUAACGAGGUACGCAGUAUGUUACUGGGAGGUAAACUGUCAGAAUUGGACUGUAAGAAAGGCUAAACUAUGUUAGUAUAUCAUUAGGUUGCAGGUUCCUAUCCGACCUGAAGGACCAAAACAAGAUAUGAAACAACAUGCAUCCAUAAAUGAUAUAGAACAGAACAGAGUACAUUAUUGUAUAGUGAGUUGCACUUAACGAAAUGUAGAACUCACUACACAGCAUGGACUGUGCAGGUUUCUUGGAAUUUGAACAUUCUGUUCAAUAAAUCAAUGCAUGUCUAGUCUGAAAGGUAGAUAGACACGGACUUUGUCCCAAUGAGCUUGAAAAGAUUCCUUUCGAUAUCAUCUGUCUGUCAAGAUUACCUAUCUACAUGGAUAGAUUACCUAUCUACAUGGAUAGAUUACCUAUCUACAUGGAUAGAUUACCUAUCUACAUGGAUAGAUUACCUACCUACAUGGAUAGAUUACCUAUCUACAUGGAUAGAUUACCUAUCUACAUGGAUAGAUUACAUAUCUACAUGGAUAGAUUACCUAUCUACAUGGAUAGAUUACCUAUCUACAUGGAUAGAUUACCUAUCUAAAACGGUGGAAACCAAAUCUAUUUACCCAUCAGAAGUCAUGAAGUAGAGAGAACAAACAAGUUCAUUCAAGAAUUUUGGGACAUAGACACAGUGGCCCUCUAAGCACCUCUUCUGGUGUCCAUUUGUAACCAUAAGGUGGUGAUCAUGAGGGACUACCGGCACAGCAGCGUUGUGGAGAUGUACAGGAGUGCCCUGGUGGAAGAGGAGCUGUGGGUUAUCAUGGAGUACCUGCAGGGUGGGGCUCUGACCAACGUCGUGUCUGAAACCAGGUAAAGGAUCUGUCAAUAAGAGGCGCAAUGUUGUCAAACUUAAAACACAGAAUACUUCCUAGCAACAGUGAUGUUUAUUAAUCAUCAAUCAUAUUAUAUAUAUAUAUAUAUAAUUUUGUUAUCAUUGACUGUAAAGAUCUCUCAUUAUAAACAUAUGUGUCAUGACAGCGUUUUCAUAAUGCCAUGACAAUGUACACAAACCAAACCCGUUGGGUAGAAUGAGAUAGGUAAUAGUUUGUUUUGGGAAAAUCCCAUGUGGUCUAGAAGUUAUGUCAAGUAACUGUAUUGCCACCCACUCCUGCAUACCUUCUUUUGAGUUAAUGGAGAAGGAUUAAAUUGUUAUAAAUGCCAAUGUAAGGGGGGGUCUAACAAUAACACAAGUUGGCACGUGUUGCGACAAGAUUCCUCUGUAAUUGCCUGCUACGUUUUGGUCCACUGGAGAACGGUAUAAUGUUGAUCUGACAUAACAAAAGAAGAGAACGAUUGACAUGAUGGAUGUUGUCUCAAAGGCUAAAAACGACCAUUUUGGAUCAAAGGCUGACUAGAGUGUUGGAUAACCAGUUUAAGUUGCGUGUCGUUUCACACCAGGCUGAAUGAAGAGCAGAUAGCCACCGUGUGUGAAGCUGUGCUACAGGCGUUAGCCUAUCUCCAUUCCCAGGGAGUUAUCCACCGUGACAUCAAGAGUGACUCUAUACUGCUCACGCUGGAUGGGAGGGUAAGUGCGGCCACAUCCAGAAAUAAUUUAUAUCCUGUCUGUAACCUCAGAAGCUAUGACAAAAUAUUGCGCUAGUGAGCUUGCUAGCUAACAGGAUUUACUCCUGGGCGCAGGAGUGGGUGGGUUUGAAUUAACAAAAGUGGCAAAGAAACAGUCGCCAAAAGCCCUUACCCAGCACCUCUACCUAUCCAUCACCAUUUACCAGCCCACCCCUACAUAUAAACCUUCAGAAACUCAAUCACUGAAGACCAAAUCUUAAAUUGAGAUAAUGCAAAUUGUAUUGAUAUCUAUGGGAUAAAGUUAAAGGUAUGAUGAGCAUGUAUCUCAAGUUGUAAUUUCGCCCUUUCAGUCAUUUGGAAUGUAUCCAAUAAUGUUUAUGGCCUUAAAAAAAAAAAAAAAGGUUUUAUUUUUUAUUAUUUUCCAAGAUCAAGCUGUCAGACUUUGGAUUCUGUGCUCAGAUCAGCAAAGACAUCCCCAAAAGGAAGUCCUUGGUUGGGACACCAUACUGGAUGGCUCCAGAGGUCGUGUCAAAGACGCCAUAUGGAACUCAGGUAACAGAACAACCAACCAAAGCUGUGUUUGUUUGACUGCUAGAGGGUUGUCUCAUUCUACAGUAUCUGAAACACUGACCCUUAAAACACAUACAGUGAGCUCCAACAGUUUAGGGACACUGACAGUUGUGUUGUUUUGGCUCUGUACUCCAGCACUUUGGAUUUGAAAUUAUACAACGACUAUGAGGUUAAAGCGCAGACUGUCAGCUUUAAUUUGAGGGUAUUGUCAUCCAUAUCGGGUGAAUCGUUUAGAAAUUACAGCACUUUUUGUAUAUAGUCGCCCCAUUUUAGGGGACAAAGGUUUUGGGAAAAAUUCAGUUAUGUGCAUUAAAGUAGUCAAAAGUUUAGUAUUUGGUCCCUUAUUCCUAGCACGCAAUGAUCACAUCAAGCUUGUGACUCUACAAACUUCUUGGAUGCAUUUGCUGUUUGUUUUGGUUGUGUUUCAGAUUGUUUUGUGCCCAAUAGAAAUGAUUGGUAAAUAAUGUAUUGGAGACACUUUUAUUGUAAAUAAGAAUAUAAUAUGUUUCUAAACACUUCUACAAAAUAAUAUCAUACCCCCACACAAAACAAAUAUGCUAACCUCCCCUGUUAUUGCAAUGGUGAGAAUGUAGCAUUUUUCGGGGGGUAUGAUAUUUAUGCCUCUGUAACUUUCUCAUUAUUUACGAUUCAUUCAGGACUAUCUGUAAUCAUGGUAGCAUCCACAUGAAUGUAGACGUGUUUAGAAACAUAUUACAUUCUUAUUUACAAUAAAAGUGUCUCCAAAAUUACACAGUACAUUAUUAACCAUUCAUUUCUAUUGGGCACAAAAUAAUCUGAAACGCAACCAAAACAAACAACAAAUGCAUCCAACAAGUUUGUAGAGUCACAAAUAUGAUGUAAUCAUUGCGUGCUAAGAAUAUGGGACCAAAUGCUAAACUUUUUACUACAUAUAUAAGUGAAUUUGUUCCAAUACUUAUGGUCCCCUUAAAUGGGGGGAUUGUGUACAAAAAGUGCUGUAAUUUCUAAACCAUUCACCCGGUUUGGAUAAAAAUACCCUCUAAUUAAAUAUGACAGACUGCACUUUAACCUCAUGGUCAUCGUAUCAUUAAAAUCCAAUGUGCUGAGGUACAGAGCCAGAACAACCAAAAAUGUGUCACUGUCCCAAUAUCUUUGGAGCUCACUGUUUUGAUCUUACACACACACACACACACACACACACACACACACACACACACACACACAGAGAGAGACUACCUGAUCCUGUUAUCGUUGCCUACACCUCUCCUUGUGACAUCGCCACUUCAGGCCUGAUACUCCUUGCACUAGAGAAUACUGCCUCAGACAGACAGACAGGAUUCUCUGUUACCCACUGAGGUAUUUUCUUAUCGGGAUUUCAACAGAGAUGGAGGGAUGUGUGUUUGAUGUGAGAGAAAGACAGUGUAUGUACUGUCACUGAAUGUGUGUGAUAGUGUGUGCCUUUUCCUGUGAUGUUCAAUGGAUGUGUGUACAGAAUGGGUAUUAUAUGGAUGAACAUUUUGUUUCUAUGGGUGUGUGAUUAUGUUCCUGUGUCAGUCAGGUGGAUGGAAGGUCUCUGGAUAUGCUGUUUGGGGGUAUGUGAGGCUCUGUGUGUGUGUAUUUCAGUGUGUGUAUGUAUUGUAAAUGUCUCUGUGAUGUCUGGCAGGUGGAUGUGUGGUCCCUGGGUAUCAUGGUGGUAGAGAUGGUGGAUGGAGAGCCUCCGUACUUCAGUGACACGCCAGUGGCAGCUAUGAAGAAACUGAGGGACGAGCCACCACCUACAGUCAGGAACACACAGAAGGUGAAAUACAUAUACAGUUAAAGUCGGAAGUUUACAUACACCUUAGCCAAAUACAUUUAAACUCAGUUUUUCACAAUUCCUGACAUUUAAUCAUAGUAAAAAUUAGGAUCACCACUUUAUUUUAAGAAUGUGAAAUGUCCGAAUAAUAGUAGAGAGAAUGAUUUAUUUCAGCUUUUAUUUAUUUCAUCACAUUCCCAGUGGGUCAGAAGUUUACAUACACUCAAUUAGUAUUUGGUAGCAUUGCCUUUAAAUUGUUUACUAGGGUCAAACAUUUUGGGUAGCCUUCCACAAGCUUCCCACAUCAAGUUAGGUGAAUUUUGGCCUAUUCCUCCUGACAGAGCUGGUGUAACUGAGUCAGGUUUGUAGGCCUCCUUGCUCGCACAUGCUUUUUCAGUUCUGCCCACACAUUUUCUAUAGGUUUGAGGUCAGGGCUUUGUGAUGGCCACUCCAAUACCUUGACUUUGUUGUCCUUAACCCAUUUUGCCACAACUUUGGAAGUAUGCUUGAGGUCAUUGUCCAUUUGGAAGACCCAUUUGCGACCAAGCUUUAACUUCCUGACUGAUGUCUUGAUGUUGCUUCAAUAUAUCCACAUAAUUUUCCUUCCUCAUGAUGCCAUCUAUUUUGUGAAGUGCACCAGUCCCUCCUGCAGCAAAGCACCCCCACAGCAUGAUGCUGCCACCCCCGUGCUUCACGGUUGGGAUGGUGUUCUUCGGCUUGCAAGCUGCCCCCUUUUUCCUCCAAACAUAACGAUGGUCAUUAUGGCCAAACAGUUCUAUUUUUGUUCAUCAGACCAGCGGACAUUUCUCCAAAAAGUACGAUCUUUGUCCCCAUGUGCAGUUGCAAACCGUAGUCUGGCUUUUUUAUGGCGGUUUUGGAGCAGUGGCUUCUUCUUUGCUGAGCGGCCUUUAAGGUUAUGUCGAUAUAGGACUCGUUUACUGUGGAUAUAGAUACUUUUGUACCCGUUUCCUCCAGCAUCUUCACAAGGUCCUUUGCUGUUGUUCUGGGAUUGAUUUGCACUUUUUGCACACAAAGUACGUUCAUCUCUAGGAGACAGAACGCGUCUCCUUCCUGAGCGGUAUGACGGCUGCGUGGUCCCAUGGUGUUUAUACUUGCGUACUAUUGUUUGUACAGAUGAACGUGGUACCUUCGGUCGUUUGGAAAUUGCUCCCAAGGAUGAACCAGACUUGUGGAGGUCUACAAUUUCUUUUCUGGGGUCUUGCUGAUUUCUUUUGAUUUUCCCAUGAUGUCAAGCAAAGAUGCACUGAGUUUGAAGGUAGGCCUUGAAAUACAUCCACAUGUACACCUCCAAUUGACUCAAAUUAUGUCAAUUAGCCUAUCAGAAGCUUCUAAAGCCAUGACAUCAUUUUCUGGAAUUUUACAAGCUGUUUAAAGGCACAGUCAACUUAGUGUAUGUAAACUUCUGACCCACUGGAAUUGUGAUACAGGGAAUUAUAAGUGAAAUAAUCUGUCUGUAAACAAUUGUUGGAAAAAUUACAUGCACAAAGUAGAUGUCCUAACCGACAUGCCAAAACUAUAGUUUGUUAACAAGAAAUUUGUGGAGUGGUUGAAAAACGAGUUUUAAUGACUCCAACCUAAGUGUAUGUAAACUUUUGACUUCAACUGUAGAUACACACACACACACACACACACACACACACACACACACACAUACACACUACACACACACUACUCACACUCCAUCUCUCUCUCUGUAGAUCUCCCCUGUGCUGAAGGACUUCCUGGAUCGUAUGCUAACACGCGACCCCCAGGAGCGUGCUACCGCUAGCGACCUGCUGGAGCACCCCUUCCUGCUGCAGUGUGGCUCGCCGCGGUGCCUGGUGCCCCUAGUGGAGCGAUACCGCAAG